ACAAGUCAACAAUUUGAUGCAGUGACCUCUCUAGUCCUAGAAGAGAACAUUUCAGUUUUCUAACAAACGUCCCACUUCCUUCUUCACUUCCUCCGACCACCUUUCCCCCCAAAAAAACAUGGAACCACCACCACCACCACCACCACCACCACCACCACCACCACCUUCUCACCACUGCAACCCCACAUCCAACACAAACUCGUCCUCACCGUCACGAGUCCCAACACCACCACCACACCUCGCCACACCCCCUUGCUUCAAAUGCGGUGCCCCCACCAAUCUCCCACCACCGCCACCACCCGACCUCACCUCCCUCCCAGCAUACAUCCCCAUCCGUCUACCCGCCGUUAACCUACCCCCGGAAACCGCCUCCCGCACUCAACAAUCCAUCAUUCUCACCCCUGUCCCACAACCUCACCCGGUUCCACCCCUCUCCCCUCCUUACCACUUCAUCACCCCUAUCAAACGCAUCACCUCCCCUUCCGACGCCUCCCGUUUCGUCGAGUCCAACUCCGGUAAAUCAUUCCUCUCUUUCGUCGCUUUCCUUUCUUAUUCCAUCCGCGGCCACAAGAUCUCCGAUCCUUGCCCCGUUUCCCAUACACUUUCCAAGAUCAUAGCCGUUCUCGACACUUUCAGCUCCUGGGUCGACGAGAUUCCCCCCGCCGUGCAAUCCGCCAGGUAUGGGAAUCCCGCUUUUAGGGUUUGGCAUGAGAGAAUGACUGAACAUUCUCAUAUAUUUAUGAAUGAUAUUUUACCCCUUGAUCAACCCGAUAUUAGGGAUUCUUCAAUCGAACUCGUUCCUUAUUUACUUGAUAGCUUCGGUAAUGCAUCUAGGAUUGAUUAUGGUACUGGACACGAAACAAAUUUCGCUGCGUGGUUGUAUUGCUUAGCUAGGUUAGGUUUAAUUCACGAGGAAGAUUACCAAGCUGUUGUUUCUAGGGUUUUUGUUAAGUAUUUGGAUUUGAUGAGGAAAUUGCAGCUUGUUUAUUGCCUUGAACCUGCUGGUUCUCAUGGUGUUUGGGGUCUUGAUGAUUACCACUUCUUGCCCUUUGUGUUUGGGGCUGCUCAGCUCAUUGAUCAUAAGUAUAUGAAGCCGAAAUCGAUACAUAACGACGACAUUCUUGAGAAUUUCUCGAAAGAGUAUCUGUACCUAUCGUGUAUCACCUUUAUUAAGAAGGUGAAGAAGGGGCCGUUUGCUGAGCAUUCACCAAUGUUGGAUGAUAUUAGUGGGGUGCCUAAUUGGAAUAAGGUUAAUAGUGGUAUGCUUAAGAUGUACCGUGCUGAGGUACUCGAGAAGGUGCCCGUGGUUCAGCAUUUCCUCUUCGGCUCUAUCAUUCCUUGGGAAUGAGGUGUUGCACCUGUUUGAUUUAGACCUUCAGCAAAUAGAUGGCCUGCCACACAUGUAUGAAUGUUAACUCGAGAAUGACCCAGCUGAUUGGAAUGGAGAAUAAUGCUUCGGGUAGUAUAUUCUCUUUGUUUAUUUGAUACAAAUUAUUUCCAAUUUAGCUACUCCAUUAUUCGAACAUUUUGUAGUUUGUACAUGCAUAAUGAUGCCCGUGUGAGCUUGUUAUCCCGAGAUAACAUAAGACUAAAGGCCGAUAAGUAAAAUAACGACUUUUUGUUGGGUAAUAGUGAUAGUGUUUAUCAUCCUCAAAGCUUUCGAGUAUUUGGGACACCUUCACACGAGUACCCCGAACUAUAUGGAUAAGUAAACAUGCGAUUGGUGGCUGCACUCAAGUUCACAGUAUUUGUUGAUUGCCGGCUCAUGAUGUUAGUUUCUGGUUUCAUCUCUGGCUAGGAAGAUUGUAAAAUUAGAUGCUCCUGUGAUUAGUUAACAGUGGUAAUGUUCUCCUAUUGAGAUGUUGAUAGUUUUUGAAAUGCUAAUAAAGAUUGUACGGACUACGGAGUA